AUGGUGGCAUCAGAACCUGGAGAAGGAGAAAGUACCAAAACUAAAGCUGAGAUGAGAUAUGGUUCACUGAUAACACGAAUAAAACUUAAGGAUCCAACUAAGUUGGGGAAACUAGAUGUGGAGAAUGAAAUCUUGCGUAUAAUGAAGCUAAAACCAAAGUUGGAUAGAGAGAUUGAAAUAAAUGCUGAGGACUUGUAUUGGUUUGCUGAACACCACAACAGCAUGACACCAAUCAAUGAACAAGGUUUCCCAAGGUUUCUAAGGUUAAACAUGAAAAGCUUGUUAGCUUCAUUGAAGAAAAAAGAAAAAAAAAAUCAUGAAGCUGAUCUGAGUAAUUUUCAUAAUGAUAAGGAUAUUGUUUAUUCAUGUGUUGACACCUUGCAUGAAAUCAUUUCAUUUAACAAAGCAUUAAAAAGUGAGGAUGAACGUGAUGAUGUUGAGCAAGAGGAGGAGGAAGGUGAGAAAGGUGAGAAAAGUGGCAAAGGUGGUGAUGCGGAUGAUAGUGAUGAUAAUGAUGAUGAGGAAGGUGAUAAAGGUAAGAAAAGUGGCAAAGGUGGUGAUGUGGAUGAUAGUGAUGAUGAUGAUAGUGAGAAAGUUAAGAAAGGUGGUGGUGAUCUGGAUGAUAGUGAUGAUGAUGAGGAGGAGGAGGAGAAGGAGGGUGGCAAACGUGGUGAUCUACAUGAUGAUGAUGAUGAGGAGGAGGAGGAGGAGGAGGAGAAGGAGGGCAGCAAAGGUGGUAAUGAGGAGGAUAGAACUGAAUCCGAAAAUAAUGAAGUUCCAUCUGAAACUCCUGAAAAGCCGAGCACUCCUUCAUCAAAGACCAAUGAGAUAAAUGAAGAAAAGGAUAUGGGGGAUGGAAGUGAAUAUGACAAAGGAGUUGAGUCUGAAACUGCUAACAAGUCGAGCAGGCCUAUGUCAAAGUCAAAUGAAGAAGCGGAUGACAAGGAUGGAACAAGCCUAGGAGUUGAGUCUGAAACUGCUAACAAGCCGAGCACUUCUCUGCCAAAGACAAAUGAAAUCCCUGAAGAUCAACAAGACCAGAUGGACCUUGAUAACCAGGAUGUGAUGGAUACCACUCAAACUGAUGAAAUUGAUGAAGCUGUGAUAAUAGCAUCUCAAGCCAUAUCUCACCUGGACCCUAAAGGCAUAUUGCCCUUCGAAGAAGAUGUCAUUUUACUCACACAGGGAGAAAAUCCAGAGAAGGAGGCUUAUACAUCAAUUGAUGACCUUCUAGAUAACUUGUUUGAAACUGUGUUUAUAAAGAUUGAAAAAGGUUGUUACAGAACGACACCAUCUGAAGUGAAGGAAAAGAUGAUAACCCUGAUCCUCGAUUGUCCAAGCUUUUCAUUACUGAGCCAAGAAGAUCCAAAAAAAGAUUCGUCGCAAAAAUAA